AUGGCGCCCACCGUGAUGGCCUCGUCCGCCACAGCCGUCGCUCCGUUCCAGGGGCUCAAGUCCACCGCCAGCCUCCCCGUCGCCCGCCGCUCCACCACCAGCCUUGCCAAAGUCAGCAACGGCGGCAGGAUCCGGUGCAUGCAGGUGUGGCCGGCGUACGGCAACAAGAAGUUCGAGACGCUGUCGUACCUGCCGCCGCUGACGGAGGAGCAGCUGCUGAAGCAGGUGGACUACCUGCUGCGCAACAACUGGGUGCCCUGCCUCGAGUUCAGCAAGGAAGGCUUCGUGUACCGCGAGAACUCCACCUCCCCGUGCUACUACGACGGCCGGUACUGGACCAUGUGGAAGCUGCCCAUGUUCGGCUGCACCGACGCGUCGCAGGUGUACAAGGAGCUGCAGGAGGCCAUCGCGUCCUACCCGGACGCCUACGUCCGCAUCCUCGGCUUCGACAACAUCAGGCAGACGCAGUGCGUUAGCUUCAUCGCCUACAAGCCCCCGGGCAGCGACUAA